AUGAAUGAGCCCAGCAUUUGAGACCGGGUUCCAGCAGCAGUGAAUGCUACUCUUUAGUCACUGCAAGCCAGACCCUAUGAGUAUAGGAUAGGGACAACUUGACGCCAUCUCUGAGUGCUGUGUAUGUACGUGCUCCCGCUAUGGUCAUUAUCGUGGGUCCAUGACUGCGCUCGAACGCCCCGCCACCAUUUUACUCAUUUUCACUCUGGCUCGACAUUGCCCGAACAUCAUCUUCAACCACGCAGAAUAUUCAGUAUUCGACCUCUUUAGUUCCCCGCAAGCCAUGGACUCCCGCUUGCCCACUCUCAAGUCCGCGUCGUCCCCUUGGGGCACCACGCCCACGCCCCCAGCACACCUCUUCCGCACCGUCAAGCGCCUCUCUGCCUUUGCAAACAAGAGCAACGCCGUCUUCCUCUGCCUCCCGCGCGAGCUGCCUCCCCCUUUCAUCCCCGAGACCAGCAGAAGCUAUGGACUCCCAUCACCCGUCGCAAAGGUACAUGCCGCAUUCAAGAAACAACCCGAGGCGCGGAUGCGUCAGCAGGUGUGGCUAUUGGAGUAUCCUCGAGCGUCGGACGCGAUCUUCCAUUCUAUGAACUUCAACGGCGUGAGCGGGUUGACGCAGGAGUAUGUCAAGGUGUUGCCGCAGCUUGUAGUUGUCAAGAUGGGCGUGGCACCGGCGAAGAUUAGGAAGGAAGGCGAGAUCAUCGAGAUUCUGCAUCGUGGGCGGGAAUACAGCACUCUGCACAUUGGCUCCAGCAUCGUCAAGAGCCAGAUCACGUCCGAGGCUAGCUCAUCAUGGUUAUGUCUCCGACCCAACUUCGCUCCUACGUUGGCGCAAUUCGGCGAAGCGAGCGUGGCUGCUGGACGAGGCGGUAUUCCAAGCUGGUUCGUUGCACAUACCUUCUUGGGUUUAGUCGACGCGGUCGACUUCCUGCAUAAAGACGGGAUCAUGCACAAUAGGCUUUACGCUUCCAACGUCAUGCUCAACCUCUAUCCGUCGUACAUACAUCACCGGUACCGCGGGUAUCCAGACAUCCAGCUCAUCGACUUCUCCUGUGCUACGACGAUGGCAGAGUCGGGUUCCGAGAAAGAUACAAAAGGAUUGCUCUGGGUCGUUGAGCAGGUGGUUACCAAGUGGAGUGAUUCAGCGCCUUUCCUUGCUGUGAAGGCGGCUAGAGAAGACACUGAUGACCCUACGGUGCUGGUGUUGAGGGAUAUACAAGAAGUCCUUGGAGAUGACGCGCCAUUCGGAUUAAAGGAUAUCAAGCAGAAUUUCGUCGUCCGUGUCGAAAAGCUGAGAAACACAGGGCCGGAGACGAUUCCGAGGUAUAUGAUGAAGCUUCUGCAUGCUGACUUGGCAACAGAGGAAGAGCUGGAGUCUGCGUUCCGGAAACUAACGGUCUUGAAGUUUGAGACUCGGAGGGAAGAGUUCAGAAGGAUAGUGAAAGAUGUGCCUUUGAUGAUGGGCACUUGGGGGCACGCGGGGAUGAAGGGAAAGAGGAUCAUGGUAAUGAGGUUCACGACGAGAAAGGCGGACUUUUUGAGGACCAUAGGAGAGGGCUAUGUUGAGGACGAGACGAGUAUGGACAUGAAUGACACUGAAAUGAGCGGCGUAGAGAUGGCAGAUGACGAGACAAGGAGCGACUCAAGGAACAUGCGUUAUCCUUCGCUCUUUUGGGGUAUAUAAGGUGGGGGCAUUGAGGGAGGACAUAUGGGAGGAAACACGAGAGAAGAUGAGGUGCCACGAGAGGAGAUGCCAGGGGUAGGCCAGAAAGCUUCAUUUCCAGCUUUGGCGGGUAUAGCUGUGCGACAUCUCGCUCUUUACUUCUCUCCACAACAAUCAUAAUCAUCUAUAACCACUCUUGCGGCACCGCUCUUUCUGACCACGUCCUCUCGCUCUCCC